UUAUUUGUAUAAUUUUCCCAAACAAUACACUUUGAUAAAUUAUGUUUAAUGAAUUAUUAAAAACACGGUCAGUUUUGUUUCAAAUUUCAGAAAAAAAACGCGCCUUGAUAUGAUACAAAGGAAUAAUAUGAAACUUUAUUGUUGCCUAGUAUGUCAUGACUUUGUUUCAAUUUUAUUAAAUAAUAACAAAAAAUUCAUCCGCAAACGUAUAAAAACUGGAGAAAAUUUAUUAUUAAACUAUAAAACAUACAACUUCUGGCAAGUACAGAUAAUAAGAGUUCAAAAACAAUGCCCAAGAAAUUUCAAGGAGAAAAUAGCAAAGCAUCUGCUGCACGUGCAAGAAAAACUGCCAGUAAAGAAGCUGAAACAGCUAAAAAGCAAAAGGAUUUAGAAGACGCUUAUUGGAAGGAAGAUGACAAACAUAUCCUUCGUAAACAGCAAAGGAAGGAAGAGCAAGAACGCAGAAAACAAGAACAAUUAGAAAAGAAAGCUGAAAAGAAGGCAUUAUUGGAGAAAGAACAAGCAUCUCUAAGUAAAAUUAGUGCCAAAGUUAUUCCACCUUCUAAAAUUACUAGAGCACAAAUUUCUGAGAAAAUAUCACAGCCUCAACCACUAAAGAAAGAAAAGGAGAAGAUCGAUACACAUUUAGACGUUCCUCUAGAAGAAAACAUCAACAGAUUAACUAUAGAUGGUGAAGAAGCUAGAACUAUUGAUGAAGCUAUAAAAGUUUUGGGAGGAAAAGACGACGCUGAUAAACAUCCAGAGAAACGUAUGAAGGCUGCAUACAAUGCAUUUGAAGAAAGAAGAUUAAAAGAACUUAAGGAUGAAAAUCCAACACUACGCCUAUCACAACUAAAACAACUUGUAUUCAAAGAAUGGCAGAAAUCUCCUGAAAAUCCUUUGAAUAAAGCCUAGUCAAAACAUUACAUUUGUAAUGUUACGUAUAUAAAAUUCAUGUAGUUAUAUUGACUAUAAUAUAUGCAUUAUUCAACUAAUAAAAGGUUUUUCUAACUUAA